AGACGAAUUUGACUAUAAAAACAUUAUUAACCUUUGUUUGAAUAUGGGCGAGCUCGAGAAGUAUAACGUGGCUGUUGAUAAAGACGCCAUGAGCCUUGAGGGUGAUACCGGAGUUUCGAGCGAUGAUGCCCUGCGUCUUGCGCAGCUGGGUCAUACGCAGGAACUUCGAAGACAGUAUUCUCUCUUUUCUCUCUGUGCUCUAUGCGUUUGUCUCAUGGCGACAUGGGAAGCUUUAUCCUCUGUCGUCGCUACAGCUCUCAUCACCGGAGGAGCACCGUGUCUCUUCUACAACUAUCUAUUAUCAGCAGUAUGCUCAAUCUGCAUCGCCAGCUCUCUCGGCGAGAUCGCCUCUAUUUAUCCUACAGCUGGAGGUCAAUACCACUGGGUAGCAGCCCUUGCGCCCGCUUCGAUUCGAUCGACCGCGUCUUGGGUCACAGGAUGGGUUAGCAUUGGCGGACAAGUUGUUCUCACCUCUUCUGCUGCUUUUGCUGCUGGGCUGCAGAUGCAGGCUCUUAUAAUUGUGAACAACGAGACGUAUGUUCCUGAGCGGUGGCAGGGCAUGUUGUUCUACUGGCUGGUUCUGGUUUAUGCGCUUGCUCUUAAUAUUUGGGGGGAUAGGCUUUUGCCGUAUAUCAAUACGGUAUCGGGCGCUAUCCAUGUCAUCGGCUUUGUUACGAUCGUUGUUGUUCUUGGUGUUAUGGCACCCAAGAACUCGGCUUCUUUUGUCUUUACAGAAGUCACCAACUCUAGUGGCUGGUCUAACGAUGGUGUCUCUUGGCUCGUCGGCCUCUUGAGUGCCGUGUAUCCGUUCCUCGGAUACGACGCCGCCUGCCACUUAGCAGAAGAGAUGCCCCACGCCAGCCGUAAUGUUCCACUCGCUAUGGUCGGUAGUGUGACCGUCAACGGUCUCAUGGGUCUUGUCUACGUCAUCAUCUUUCUCUUCUCAACCGGCCCCCUCGAGAAGCUCCUCGCAACACCCACUGGUUUCCCCUUCAUGCAGAUCUUCCUUGACGCUACCAAGAGUCAAGCGGGUUGCACUGUUCUCUCCGUUAUCAUUACCUGCACUGCUGUUGCAGCGACUGUCGCGGGUGUCACUUCUACGUCAAGAACGCUGUGGGCUUUUGCGAGAGAUAAGUCAACACCGUUUGACAAGCAGCUCAGCAAGGUCGACAAGCGUCUUCAGAUUCCUGUUUACGCUGUCGUGGUUGUUACUGUUCUCCAGAUGCUGCUUGGUCUCAUCUACCUUGGCAACACCACUGCCUUCAAUGCCAUUCUUUCCAUGUCAAUCAUUGGCAUGUAUGUCAGCUAUGCAUUCCCCAUCAUCGCCAUGCUCUUUGCAAGGAAGAGUCUUCAAACCUCCAAUGGCUUCGGUCCUUUCAAGCUCGGACAUAUCGCUGGUCCAGCUGCCAACGUUAUUAGCUUGAUAUGGAUUACUGUCGUUGUCAUCUUUAGCACUUUCCCAUCUGCUAUGCCAGUUACACCGCAAAACAUGAACUACUCCAUCGUUGUCAUGGCUGGAUGGCUCUUUGCUGGCAUUGCGUACUAUGUGUUCCGCGGGAAGUAUAAGUUUGAGGUUCCUGUCGUUGACUUUGACGUUGUUGAAGGUCUUCGUGAUGGAGUUCAUGACAAAUAAGUUGGAUAGU